AUGCAAAAUGCCAAACGCGGUAACAGUAUAAUCUCACGUUUCUGUAACACCAAAAUAUACGAACAUAUGAAAAAAUAUAAACAUGUCCCCACAUUUUUUUACCAUAGCAUGAUUUGUAUUUAUUCUAAUAUGGUAAAAAAAAAGGUGGAUAUAAAUAACCAUCACUCCACUUCUGAAAUCUCUCCAUUCCCACAAAUUUUCCUCUCAUCUUCUUGUCUCUCUUUCUCUCUCUCUACUUACUGAAACAGCGAUGAUUAUGAAACUUAAGAGCCAUUUCAAGCUAGAAGGAGGCAGUGAAGAUGGCAAGAAAAACCCAAUUUGUGCAAGCUCUGACAAGAGCUCAUCAGUUGCUGUUGGGUUGAGAAUCCUUACACAAAUUCCACGGGGAAAAUCUAAUGUUGUUGUUGUUAAACCUGCAUUGAAAAUCAGCCUUCCCACCUCUAGAAAGCAUCAUGGCAAUUCCAGCCGGUUGCCAGCUGAUCAAUCUUGCUUUCUCAAGUCAUGUCAUCUAUGCCACAAGAACUUAAGCCUAGAUAAAGAAGUUUACAUGUACAGGGGUGACCAAGGCUUUUGCAGCAUACAGUGCAGGGACAGGCAAAUUGUUUUGGAUGAAAUGAGGGAACUUGAACCGUCUACAAAACAAAUGAUAGCAUCUUGUAGAAAUUGUAGCGCCACCUCCGGCCGACGAGAGACCCGUCUCCUCCUAGAGGAUCUCCGCGGGAGAAACAAAUCGCCUCAUCAAAACCAAAACCAUUGGGCAAUAGUCUCAUAACCAUAAGUUCAUACAUAUAUAAGUUGAUAACUAGGGUGUACUCGGUUUUAGUUAUUAAUUUGGAUAAUUCUUCUCCAUAAAAGAGAAGAAAAAAGAGUGAUCACGCAACUUUUUUUUUUUUUGAGAUGAGGAAUUGGAGAAGAUAAUUGAUUAAAGAUGUAAAGUGAAUGAAGAAGUGAUGGUAGCUGGGAUAUUUUUGUGACAUGUCGUUAUAGACAAGAAUGGAUAAAUAUAAUUGUAAGUUAUUGUCUUUUUUCA